UCUCUGGCUAAUAAUAAUAAUUCAGUGAAUUCUGUGUGAAUAAAUGUGAUUUAUUUUUUAAAUUAUCCAUUACGGUGACAAGAAUACGGAAACAAAUGAAAGCAAAAAUGUGCAAUGGACCAUUGUAUGUUGAUUCAUUUUCAGCAUUUCAAUUGCUCAGGAACUACAAUAGACUCGUUACACCAACACCAACAGAUUUCAAUCAGUACUAUAACCUAGCUCUGUUAAAAGAUUUCGAACGCACUAGUGCAGCAUUCGGUUUGGGAGCUCCAAAUGAUUUUGUACCAUCGAUAAAUCCACUAAAAACCAUUACACCGCUGAAGGAGUACCAACCAACCGGAGAACUGAAUAACAUAUUAAAGAAACCAUCAAGUCCCAAUCGAAUGACGGUAUCGUCAACGUGCUCUCCGACACCAUCAACACAGGUAAGCAAUCGAUUGCAAAGCGAUUCGGUCAACAAUUUUACAGAAAAUCAGAACACAUGCGAUCGAUUGCCCAACGAAACAAAUCGAUUUGAUGGCUACACUGAAACUCUUGCAAUUCCACCAAAUUUAAUACCAACGAAUUCAGUUAAAACAAAUGGCAAUAUUAUACCAGCAAAUCUUCCGUCAAUUGAUAAUUUUCAAUGUAUUUUGAAUCGACGACAACGUGGCGAAAAGCGACCCAUUCCAGACGAACAAAAAGAUGAAAAAUACUUUGAAAGACGGAAACGGAACAACGAAGCAGCCAAAAAAUCUAGAGACGCACGCAAAAUUAGAGAAGAUCGAAUUGCAUUCCGUGCAGCAUUGUUGGAACAAGAAAAUGCAAUACUUCGAGCACAAAUUUUAGCUCUUCGAGAGGAGCUCGCAACAUUACAACAAAUGAUUUGUAAUCGUGCAAAUAUUCAAUAAGAUCUUAUAAAUGAACUUGUCAAUCAGAAUCUCAUAAGUUACCACCUGUAGUUGGGCUGACAACCACAACACACAACAAAUGAAAUGUGCAAUCAAUUUGAAAUUUGCGUGAAAACUCAAUACUAAUUGACACAGCAAACUUAACUAUAAGAAUCAAAGUGUUUUGUAGAUAAAAAAAAAUCACGAACCACAUCAAAAGUGCACUUAAAACAAACUGUCCAUUGUUUCUGUUUUGUGUGAGAUAUUUUGUAAAAUUAUUCAAAUCAAGCAAAAUAAAUAUAGAUAGAUAGA